AUGAACAGCAACUGGAAGAUUAUCAGGGUAUUCAAACGGUUUCGAGAAGUGAAUCCCGAACUAGUUCCCAAACGGAUGACAGAGAACCAGGCUCAUACUAUAGCAGUGCCCGUGGAGGAAAUAGAAAAACUACCAGAAUUAAAAGAGAAUCCAUUCAAGAGACGAAUCUGCCAGGUGUUCUCACACGAUGGAUCUGGAAACCUUACAUUUGAAGACUUCUUGGAUAUGAUGUCUGUAUUCAGCGAAGCAGCGCCCAGAGAUAUUAAAGCUUGGUACGCCUUCCGCAUAUACGAUUUAGACGACGACAUGUUCAUAGGCCGGGACGACCUUCUAGAAGCGACAAGACUUCUUACAAAAGGAGAAUUACACCCGCAAGAGCGCGAAGACAUUGUGACGAGUGUUUUAGACGAGGCAGACGUAGAUGGUGAUGGCCGCCUUUCGUUCAUGGAUUUUGAGCACGUGGUCGUCAGAGCCCCAGAUUUUCUAUCCACGUUCCAUAUUCGAGUUUGA